AUGUCUGGUAUAUGUGACACGGAGGAGGAAAUUGCCACUUAUGAGGUUGUUAGCUUGUUGGUGUUCCACCAUGAAGUUGGCCUUGCGUCGUACGACAGCGCCACGUGUCAGGUGAGCUGUUCUGAAUCUGCGGCGGCGUUGAACCGUGGCGAGGAGAUGUUUAUUGGGACUCUGAUGGAUGUGCCGGGGGAUAUUGUAUGGGUGGCGCAGUUUCUCUUGUCCAAGAAGCCGAAGGUGGUGUUGAUACCCUCCGGUGGUUCACAGAUUUUGAUUGACGUCGCCAACUUGUGUGGUGUGAAUGUCGUUCUCACAGCCCCCCGCGAGUUUGAUGAAGGCCGCAUUUGGGAUCUUCUUGGUGUUUUGUGGGCUAACGUCACAAGAUUGGAAUGGCACUCCCGCAUCUGUCCACAUCAUCAUGUGAUGUUAAUGGCGCUUUCAGCGCUGUUACCGUACCUGCAAAGGUCUGAAUUGCCCAUCGCUGACGUUGCUGAGGUGCCUCCCUUGGGCCUGUUGUAUAUUGAGCAAGAAACGCUGUCUGGGCUUCAGCUUCUUCGCACGGAACCACAUCCGAUGGAUUACCAGGGAAUUGGGCGUGCGAAGGAGGGUCUCUCACUACUAAGUGUUGUGGAUCGUACGUGCAGCGUGCUUGGACGGGCGCUUCUCCGGCAGUGGUUUUUGCUGCCGGUGCGAGACGAAUCAGAAUUGCGGCGGCGCUACGACGUUGUCUCAUUUUUCACAAUGCAGGAGAAUUAUGAUCUCAUGAUGCAGCUUCGUCGAGCACUGCGUCACUUGCGGAUCACGAAUAGUAUCUUCACAAAGAUUCGAGCGGCAAAGCACACAACAAACGAAUACGAAUCUCUCUUACGGACUGUGAGGGGAUUUUUGCGUAUUGCUUCGCUUCUCACACCGCGAGCACACUUUUCACCGAUGUUUCUGCGUAUUGUGGCAAGUUGCCAAACCAAUCAAUUGGAGGAAAUAAGCCGCCUCAUCGAUGAGGGUGUUUCUUUUUCGCGAGAUCCCGGGGCAGCGUUGAGCAAAACUUAUGUGCAUAUCCGUCCAGGGUUUGACGCUAAAUUGGACGAACUUUGUGCACACUUCACUCAUCUCGAUGAGGUUUUGGCGAAUGUUGCACAGCAAGAGGCCCGUUGCCUGCCCCCACUUUGGGGUCUCUGUAGUGUGGUGUGCGUAUUCGCUCCGUGUUGGGGGUAUGUCAUAACUCUUCCUCGUUUCUCGUUACCAGUAGGACGGGAAGAUAUUCCCGGUUGGGAGUUGCUUUUUCAAACUGAGGAGGGUCCUUUCUUUAAAACACCUUUGACCCGUCGAAUGGAUGAGGAAAUUGGAGAUUUGCGCUCAGCCAUUUUGGUGAGGGAGGGAGAGAUUCAACGUGAGUUGGAUAAACGUUUGAUCGUACUUUCGCCGGCACUAAUUCCCCUACAUCUUUGCGCGGAACUUGAUUGUCUCAUGGGUUUUGCCCUUGCUGCACUGGAGGGUCAAUGGAGCCGUCCCGAAAUCGUAAAGGAGCCUGGUGUGCUUGUUAUUGAACGUGGGUUCCACCCUAUUUUUGCACGCACAGCGGCGCACCAGGUAGUGCCGUACUCAAUAAAUAUUCGAACUAGCAAUCAACGAGUUUGUUUGUUGACAGGGGCGAAUGGGAGCGGAAAGUCGAUCCUUAUUACGGCCGUCGCACACGCUGUUUUCCUGGCACAUAUUGGGUGUUAUGUCCCCUGUACCCAUGCCACAAUUGGUCUCUUUGACACUUUGAUGUCUCUCCAUGCUGUUUCGUACAGUUCCCGUGACAGAACCCUGGCCUCCACCACGAAGGAGUUACAUUCAAGUUUUGGGAAUGAGUUGGUGUCAAUGAGUCGCAUGUUACAGAGGUGCAGCACUCGUAACAAGGAAGGAGGUGCCGGAUCUGGACGUUCAUUGCUGGUGUUGGAUGAGUUUGGAAAGGGAACACUUUCCCUGGAUGGUGCUGCGUUGCUAGCGGUUUCCAUACGGUCCUUUAUUUCCUUUGGUGAUCGACGUCCUAUUGUGCUUCUGGCAACACACUAUGUGGAGGUCCUUCAGCCACAGCUCAUACCUCGGGAAGAAAUCAUGGUGCUUGAGAUGCAGACAACGCUUGUACCGACUGCUCGUACAGGGGGAGAAGGGGGCGAAGAUGUACGUGAGGGAUUUAUCGGUGGUAGCCAACUUGUUCACUCGUACCGUGUGGCCCCCGUUCAAGCUCUGAGCAGCAUGGACACCAUCCAACAGAAGGGGAUGACUUCUCACGCCUUGCGUUUUGCACUACAAUUCUCUGUCCCUCCUCUUUUGUUACAACGGGCAUGGGACCUAAUCGUCACUGAAAGCCUAUGA